UGGCUCCGCAGCUACGGGCACCCUCACAGAGGAGCAAUGGAGGUCUAUGAUGGAUGUUGUGCUGGCCAUAUAUGAAUUCAGAGAGGAGGACGGUCAUGACCCAUCAAGAUUGUUCCAACGAAGUGUCAACAAGCGCAAUGUCCCUGACUACUACGAUAUAAUCAAGGAGCCCAUGGCUCUGAGCAUUUUGAAACAGAAGAUAAACAAGCGCGAGUAUCACAAGUUUUCUGACUUUGUGCGUGAUUGUUCUUUAAUCCCCCACAAUGCGCAAACUUACAACCGCCCGAAAUCCCAAGCAUAUGAAGACGCUCUCGUGAUCAAGGAUGUUUUCGUGACCCAGUUCGGGAAAUUAGUAAACCAGGGGAUCAUCACCAUCAAAGAGGCAGAACUUCCCGACCUCGGAGAAAUCCCCGAAGCCGACCCUCUCCCUGAGGAAGACGAAGAGGAGGAUGAGGAUGAAGAUGAUGAAGAAGACGAGGAAGAUUCCGAUGAUGAUAGUCGACGAAAGAAGAAAAAGGGUUCUCGGCCAGGUGGUAAACGUGACAGUGGUAAGGAUGAUGGGCAAAGAUCGAACGAUCCCGAGUUGAGAAAGAAGCGAGGCCGGCCGCCGCGUGUUGACACUCCGAUGGAGGCUAGAAUUAAGGCUAUUCUAAAGGGGGUUCGCAAGCUGAAAGGACCUACCAGUCAACUCAAGGUGCAGCAUUUCGAGCGGUUGCCCGACAAGGCUACGUAUCCGGACUAUUAUGUCGAGAUCAGGGAACCCAUUGCCAUCGACAUUAUCAAGCGGAAGUCAAAACGGAAGAAGUACAAUUCGGUGGACCAUUUCAUGAGGGACGUGGAUCUUAUGUUCAACAACGCGAAGGCCUACAAUCAGCCCGAGAGUCAGAUCUACAAGGAUGCAGUGGACCUGCAACUGGAAGCAAGAAAACUUGCCGAGCAUGAGAAGAAAAAGCCAGACAGUGAGUACUUGAUGGAAGAUGGACGUUUGCCUUUACCCGACGGCAUUUUGUACAAGAGCGAGCUUUGGAAAGUAGGGGAUUGGGUUCAUAUCCAAAACCCCAAUGACGUGACGAAGCCGGUCGUGGCACAGAUCUACCGUACAUGGCAAGAUUCCGAGGGUGAGAAGUGGAUCAACGCUUGUUGGUACUAUCGCCCCGAACAGACCGUUCAUCACUUUGAGAAACACUUUUACCCCAACGAGGUGGUCAAAACCGGCCAAUAUCGGGAUCAUCGGGUAGACGAGAUUGUGGAUCGCUGCUUCGUGAUGUUUUUCACUCGCUAUAAUCGUGGUCGGCCAAGAGGUCUCCCCCCUGAUAAGGAUGUCUACGUCUGUGAAGCUCGAUACAACGAGGAAAAGCAUAAGCUGAAUAAGAUCAAAACGUGGGCGAGUUGUCUUCCGGACGAGGUUCGGGAAAAAGACUAUGAAAUGGAUCUUUUUGAUGUUCCUCGGCGAAUCAAGAAGAUUCCCAGUCCCAUAAAGCACCUGCUCAAUAGCGAUGCAAAAGAAACCGAUGACCUUCCGAAGCCGGCCUGGGGAGCGGACAAUGCUCCACCCGUUGUUGGUGCAGUUCAUCGUCGCCCACGAGAUGAAAACGAGUCUCCCCCCCCCGAACCAACACCGUCACCACCCCCGUCGCUGCCAGCACCCACUUUGCCCGCCCCUCCCCGGCAGACGUCGACUAACCUGGCCUCUGUGCGAGCGAGCACAGAUAACCCAGGCACCGGCGCGACGGGUGGGACAGUUCCUGGCGCGGCACGGUCUCCAGCUGCACCCAUCCCUCCUGCUCAGAGCUCACCAGCACCAGUUCCCCCGGUGAAUUACCAUCAAACUCAAAUUCCUCCUGCUCAGGUCUAUCAGCCUGCCUUGCAAAGGCGUUCCAGCGGGUUCAUCCCACAGACGCCCCACCCGGCUACUUAUCAGACACCAGCUGUCUCUCAUCCUUAUGCGGCUGUCCAGCCAACGCCAUACACUCCAUAUCAAGGAAGCCGUUUGCCAGUUCCUGCAGCAAUGUACAACUCCAACGCUCCUCGCCCGAUCGAAGUCUUCCAUCUGAGUGAUGCCGCGAAUGCCGCGAUCCCAGCAGAUAUUCGUGAACAGUUCCACUGUGAUGAUCAUGGCCGUGUGUUAUUCUUCUCCUGCCCACCGCUUGAUAUAGUCCCGCCAGUUCAGCAAAAGCUAGGCCAUUCGCUCAAAUACCUCGCUGCCAAGGAGGAGAGACGGAAGCAAGCGGAGGCUCAAAAGCGCAAGGGGAGCCACGAACAGGAAGAGCGGGAGGUGGCUGUCAAGCGGCAGCGAGCCGAUGACGCGACAGCUCUUGCCGCACGUGUUCAUGUUUUGACGGCCAAAGCUGUUGAGGCCCUGACUUGUCAGGUCACGGAUGGCACAGAUAAGCUCUAUGAGAUGAUGUAUGGGGACAAGGCUGGGGAUAUCCGACGAGUGGAUACUAAGGCUCGCAAGCAAAGGAUUCUUGCUGGUCAGGUUUCUGAAUAUGAGACUGCCCGGAUUCUGGCCCACUCGAAACAAGCGGCCUUUGUAAGCCUCAAAGGUAGCGCUUUGUAUCUGGACGAUGCCGGCCCGAGAGUUUGACCUAGGGGUUGCAAGGUCGUGAGGAUCGCUCUGCCGGAUCAUCUUUCGGUAUGAGAAGAAAUCCCUGCGCCAUUGCAUGGCGGAUUUGCCGAAGCCAUAUUAUAGCGCAACCUAAAUAGGGUGGAUAAAUGGCGUCUUAAUUUUGAUACACACAAUCUUCUGAUAUUAGUCCUCCGGGGUCCGCGCAAACAUCUUUCGAUGUAUGCUAAUCUGCGGUUGAUCAAUGUAUGAGAUUGUCUAUAUAUUUCU